AUGAGCUCUAACCCUAGAGUUGCUUCCUCCAGUAAAAGGCUAGAUGGUAAGGUGGCAAUUAUCACCGGAGGUGCCAGCGGUAUAGGAGCAGCUGCGGCUCGGCUCUUUCAUAGCAAUGGUGCUAAAGUUGUAGUAGCCGAUAUCCAAGACAAUCUAGGCCAAGCAAUUGCCAAUGAGCUUGGCAAAAAUGCAUGCUACAUUCACUGUGAUGUAUCACAAGAGGACCAAAUUAUUGAUCUUAUCGAUACCACCAUAGCCAAAUACGGCCAACUUGACAUCAUGUACAACAAUGCUGGAAUCACUGAAGGGUCCAAAAUUGCUAUUCUGGAAACGUCAAAGUCAGAGUUGGACCGGGUUAUUGGUGUAAAUUUGGUGGGCUCAUUUUUAGGAGCCAAGCAUGCUGCAAGAGUCAUGAUACCCCGGCGCAGGGGAUGCGUAUUGUUCACAGCCAGCGCCUCCGUCAACAUAGCUGGUCUUGGACCUCAUGCCUAUGCAGUCACUAAGCAUGCAAUUGCAGGUCUAGCUAAGAAUUUGUCAGCUGAGCUUGGUCAACAUGGUAUACGAGUCAACUGUGUCUCCCCUUAUGCCGUAAUGACUGGCAUAGCAGGAGGGAAUUAUUCUGAAGAGUAUAUUGGGCAAAUGCAGAUGUUUGUAAAUGCAGUGGCUAAUCUUAAAGGGAAGACUUUGACAGCAGAUGAUGUUGCUCAAGCUGCACUGUACUUGGCAAGCGAUGAAGCUGGUUAUGUAAGUGGACUGAAUCUUGUAGUUGACGGAGGUUUCAGCGUUGUUAAUCCUUCCAUGAUGACUGCUGCGGCUCAGGCCAAACUACAUCAGAAAUGA